AUGCGAAGCGAUUCCCGGCAGUUUCUCCCAGGCGCUCCUGAUCCUCGAUGGGUUUCCCACAGGACGUGGCGCUGCCUGGGUCGGCCUGGGCUCCCCUGCGCGGCCCCGCACCCGGCCCAGAGCCCUGCAAAGGCUGCGCUCCCUGCUCGGCUGCUCUCUGCAGCCGGCAGACUUCGCCGAGCGCUCUUCAAGUGCCUAACGGGGAGGACAGACGGGGGGCAGGUCUCCAGGGGGUCUCCCCUCCCCUCCCCGCCUCAGAGCCGGCGGGCGCCGCUGUCCCCCGCGGGCGGAAGCGCCUGUGGGGGCGGGAGGACUUUGAUUAUGAACUACUACAGGGAUAUUAGGCUACCGUGGCAUUUAAAUGUUUUUUGUAUUGAAAAUACAAAGGAUAUUCUUGUAAUAUAUGAAGAAGAAGCAGAAGAGUGGGCUCUGUAUCUAAAAUCUCUUUUUGGACACAUAGUGAAUGAAGGAGGAAUCUUACUCUACGAUCUAAAGACUUUGUCUUUCAAGCAUCAGGAGUUAUUUUCUUUACUCUGUUAUAAAUGUAAGCUCCUGAUACUAUCAUGUGGACUUCUUAACUGCCUGAAUCGAAAGAGAAGUUAUUUUCUGGAGCAAGUUCUAAAACCUCCAGAUAAUGUGGUGAUUCUGCUUUGUGGGGUGGAGAAUUCAGCAAUUCUUUAUGAAAUACUGACCUUGGAUGGAGGAAGCAAAGAGAUCUCCACUGAUCAGGAACCGGAGGAAUACCUCUCUGUUGUUACUGGAAUUAUUCAACCAGGUAAGUCACAGAAUGAAAAUCCUGGAGACUCUCUGUCUUAUGUCUAUGAAGCAGUUCUUAGAGACGAUCACCAGAGUAGCUGUGAUGUUAAAUUGUCAGAUGCCGGGGAGGCAUCACAGCAAGGAGACCACAGAUUUAAAACAGAGGUACUUUCUGAAACUUUAGAAACUAACAAGCAGUCAAUAUUGGUGCUUCCAAGAAGAAUAUCAUGUGAGAACCCUGGUGAAAUAUUCAUUUUGUUGAAAGAUGAAAUAGAUUAUGAAACUUUAGAAAUUGAAUUCGUAGCAGAUAAUAAACGAAUUAGGACACAGCCAGCCUCUUGGAAUAAGAAGGUCAAGUACAUAAAAGCUUUGGAUUUCCCUGCUGGCCCUGUAUUUGUAAAUGUCUACUGUGGGGGAGUCAUUAAGACCACAGCGCAGAUCAAGUACUAUACUGUACUAGAGGAGGUGGAACACAUUUUUAAGCAAGUGGCUGACCCAAUAGCUUUCAUUUGUCAGGCUUUUAAAUUUUCUUCUGUAGAGAAGCUGGACAACGUUAUGACUUUGUUAUUGAAAAGAAAAAUGUCUAUUUAUGAAUUAAGUACAUUCCAAAGUGAAGAGCAGCACCAUCAACAAGCUAAUACCUAUUUGGAAGAAUUUCCUACUCUGCUUCACUGUGCAGCCAGAUUUGGAUUAAAGAACCUUGCAACAUUUCUGCUUGGUUGUCCUGAUGCCAGAUGGGCUUGCAAAAUCACCAACAGAUAUGGAGAUGAUCCAGCAAAUAUUGCUGAGAAGCACGGGCACAAGGAUCUAAGAAAAUUAAUCCAAGAAUUAUCAAAUAAUACCGCAGAUGAUUUCACCAAUUGUGAGAAGGAAGCAGAAGAUGAUGACACUUACGUGCUUAUGUUAGGCUCAGAAACUCAACCAGCCAUGACAUUAAAAGCCAAGAACCCAGGAAAUCAGGAUGGAAUUGGAUCAAGAUAUCAAGAAGAAGCUGAGGUGGAUGAGGAAAAGAAAUAUUACGUAGAAGACAGUAGAGAGGAGACAGAACAUGAAAAUCAAGAACUUGAAGAUUCAUACAGCUUUCACAGCAGUCCUGAUAAACUGUAUGCCAACAUAUCUGAUGAUCUAGUGGAGAAGAGAAGAGGCUGCUUUGUCUGUAAGAGACCACCUCCUCCUCCCCCUCGAAAUCUCCCUGGCAUCCUAAGACAGGAGAAUCUGCACAAUUUAUCUCAAGGGAGAAAUUUUGGGGAGGACAGAAGUGAAAGAGAACGUGGUGAUGGACUCCUAACAGCGUGCUACAGAGAAGAGCAAUAUACAUGUGAGGAAGAUGGUGAGGAGGAACACCCAUACACUUGUGCAAAUUUGGAUGAAUCUCUGUACGACUGCAUUCUGGCUGAGGAGGAGGAGGGGAAAAAGAAAGAACGCAGGUCCUUCAUUGUGAACAGGCCACCAGCCCCUGCCCCUCGUCCCGUAUGUUUACCCAUCAGAGAGAACACUCCCUACAUAGUACAAGUGUUUCAGCAAAAGGCCACUCAAGCGCCUGCUGAAAACGACAGGACAUACUGCGAGGCCAGGAAGCCCGUACACAGAGACCAUACUGGCACAGUAACUUACAGCACUGUGAAAUACAACAUCCCUGCUGAACAGGAAGAACUCAUCCACUUGCAGGAACAGGUGAAAAAGGGGGCAGUGUCUGUGGAUAAAGCCCUCGACAGAUUUAAACAGUGGCAGAAUGAAAACCAGAGGCUACAGUCUGCUCAACAGUCUCCAACUAGGAACCCAACAGACAAAGAACAGAUGCCCAAUUAA